AAGUAUGACGCUGAUAAAACACUGUCACGUGUGUGUUUUGAGUCUCCAAACGCAACAUGAGGUCAGAAGGUCAUUUAACGACGUGUCAUGGUGUCGUCAUAGUGGCUGUUGCCUGGAUACAGUCCAACAUUAGCAAACAGCGAGGGAGACGGAGCGCGAGCUCAAACCGUGGAAAGUUUGCUCCACAGAAAAUGCCGAAACAUUCCGAGGAGCAGAGGAACGUGUGUGCGCCCCCUGCUGGCCGCUGGGUGUGGAACGAUGAAGCUCGAACUGUGGAGUUUGUCAGUUCUCAUCCAGCAGAGGAGGCCACACUGAAGGAAAGGAGGCAGGCCGAUGUCAGCUUCCACGAACUUCAGCGUCGAUCACAAUGGUUGGCUGAGAUGUGCACCGUGAACCACAGAGGGCGCCACAGCCUUAGAAAGACCCUGAGCCCUGCUCAUCUGAAUGCCUACAGGGCCUCACUGAUGAAGAGGCGAGGGGACUUCAUCACCACUGAUGAUGUUAAACAGGUGGCUGUCAGUCUGCUGCAGGAGAAUUAUUCACUUCCCAUUCCGUUCUGCUUCUUGGCUGUGUUGAAGAGUAAAAAGCUUGAUGAGGUCCUGAUGGCCCUUCUCCUUUACCUGUCCUGUUUCUUUGAACACAAGUCUCUGCAGAAUAAACCCAAGACGGUAAUAAUUGUGGACAUCGUCAGCGAGCAGCGGAUGAUGGCAAAGGCUUUGGCCAAAAAGGAGAUUGCUCAAAAGAAGCUGGCUGUCUGCUACUUCAGCCUAAUCAUGGAGCUGGAGAUAGAGCGACAUCAACACUCAGCACAUAACAAGGGCCACGUGUCAGACAGUACAGAAUGGUUGCUACGUGCGGUACGUGCAUGUUUGUACAGCUUCUUCUGUUAUGUCGCCUGGGUGACGUUUGGCAGGAAGGACCUGAGCGACAUCCAAGAGGAGGUUGGCUGUCUUUUGUACUCUGACACCUUCAACACAGCAGUGAGGAACAGGACUGAUGUGGACUCUGGAGUGACCUUCACUACCAUAAAUGGUUCAGUAAAGACAAGAGAAGCUGAGCCCAAGGAGACGGGAUGUAACGGCACAUUCAGGCACAGAUUGUCCCAGAGGCGUCCGGCCCUCAGCAGUAUAGUUAAUCAGCGAUCCCCACUCUUGGUCUCUCUGCUCCCCUCGCCCAAAGAACGAUCGGCCCAUCUGUUCGGCGGCAGCCAGGCCAAGAUGCAGAGCCCGCUGCAGGCCAAGCACUGCGACGCCAAGGCCCUGAUGGAGGAGCUCAACCAGCAGCUGGCCAGUGUCAGCUUUGGGAUUCUUGGCAGACCGUUGACACAGUUCAGACACAGCACCCUGAUCCCCUACGGCCAACCCAAAAAUAACCGAGAUGAGGAUGACAACCAUGGAGCAGGAAGUGAUGUUAAUAACAACAGCGAGGAUGGUCCCAGCAUGGCUCUGCGUAGCAGCUCGUCCUUCACGGGACCCAAGUCGACAGGUCUCGCCAGAUUCGGCAGCACUGCCCACAUAAACACCAGAAACUCAGCAGCUACCAUCGAGGUGGCGCCCUCAGACGCCGAAUAACUUGUGUGCAUGUGUGUGCAAGUGUGCAUUUUCAGAGGCGUAAUACACACACUCUAUGUGCAAAUGCAUUCCUGAGCGCAGCCCACAGGGUCAAACACAGAGAGGAAGCAGCGGCUGAGUUUUCACACACCUCCCUGGACUGUCAUCACACACACCAUGUUUGUUGAGAUUUGCUCCUGAAUUUAAAUCAGCGUCUUAUUUGCCAGCUGGUGGUGCUGUUGAAUAAAAUAUAAUGAA